AUGCUUUGGAUGACCAUUAUCGCUAAUCUAGUUUUGAUACUUCCUCUAGCGGCGGAUGGGCGCCCUCUGUACAAGAACAGCCAAUCUCAAAGUCCAAUUGUUGACCUGGGCUAUGCUCAGUAUGAGGGCACUACUCUUGGUAUUGGAGUUAAUCAGUUUCUUGGCAUUCGAUAUGCUGCACCACCUUUAGGAGACCUACGAUUUAGGGCACCGGAAGAUCCAAUUGUUACGGAUGGAGUUCAAGCUGCAAAGGAGUUCGGGGCAACCUGCAUCGGGACAAAUGGGUCCGGACCAGCACUGAGCAACACCACCAACGAAGACUGUCUGUUCAUCGAUGUCUUCGCGCCAAGUAAAACAACACCGCAUAAGAAACUGCCGGUGUGGUUUUUCAUUCAAGGUGGGGGUUAUGCUGCGAACUCAGACAGGAACUUCAAUGGAUCUGAAGUCGUCGCCCAGUCCAAUUACAGCAUGAUCUUUGUACAAAUGAAUUACCGUGUCGGUUCAUUCGGAUUUCUGGCCAGUGAAAAGAUACGAGAAAACGGCGAUCUGAACGUUGGGCUUCUUGAUCAGCAAAAAGCAUUGAAAUGGGCGCGGCAAUACAUUCAUCUGUUUGGAGGUGAUCCUGACCACAUCGUCAUUCAUGGAACAUCCGCAGGUGGUGGUUCCGUGGCCUACCACCUCACAGCAUACGGAGGAGAGCGGGAGAAAUUGUUCGUGGGCGCAAUAGCAGAGUCCCCAUUCUUUCCUACUCACAGGACUGUCGCCGAGUCCGAGUUUCAAUACCAAAGAUUUGUGGAUGGUGUCGGGUGUGGAAACCAUGAGGACUCUCUCGCUUGCCUUCGAUCCCAAGAUACAGCGACUCUUCAGUCUGCCGAUGUGGCUUCGCGCUUCCCUGGUACAACCGAAACUCCACUGUGGUAUUUCUUGCCUGUUAUCGACGGCACAUUCGCUCCGGAUGAGCUUUAUACGCUCUUCGAACAAGGAAGAGUGACAAAAGUCCCGGUAAUGGUUGGCGAUGACAAUGACGAAGGAACAUACUUCACACCCAAUGCCACUACCUCUGCGGAGUUUCUGGACUUCAUGCAGGCCAACUAUCCCCGACUAACAUCCGCUGACCUUCGACUUAUCAAUGCGACUUACCCACCAGGUGCAUUAAUGCCAGACCACGCUCUGUACUUUGCCCCAGCUGCUCAGGCUUAUGGAGAAUCCACAUUCACCUGUCCCGGGAACGAGAUAGCUUCAUCUCUCGCGAAAUACUUCUCCUCCACCAAAACUUGGAACUAUCGUUACAAUGUUUGGGACGCAGACUAUGAGACCGUAGGAUUAGGAGUACCGCACGUAUCUGAGAAGCCCGCGGUUUGGGGUCCUGGGUAUGCGGGGACAUGCGAUAACUGCUCCUACUUGACUUAUAACAAGCCAAUGGUCCCUAUUGUUAUGAACUAUUGGAUCAGCUUUAUACUCUCACUGGACCCAAAUACAUACCGUGACAGCUCGGCUCCGGAGUGGAAGCCAUGGGGAACCAUGGGUGGCCAGAGAAUGCGGUUCCAGCUUAAUGCGACAGACAUGGAGCCAGUACCCGAUGAUCAAAAGCACCGCUGUGCGGUCUGGAAAAGUUUGGCUGACACGAUGGAGCAAUGA